AUGUUACUCCUUUCUCCCGUCUUUUUGGGAGCAGCAUUCUCUGUCCUAGCUUUGACGUAUGUCAUUCGCUGCGUCCUGUCCCCGUUGUGGAAAGUUCCCGGCCCGAGGAUAUCCGCCUUCACUUCCCUCAUUCUGAAAUGGCAUGAACUACAAGCAACCAGGACGAAGUACAUCCAUGCGCUCCACCAGCAAUAUGGACCGGUUGUCCGAGUCGCACCAGACGAGGUCUCAUUUACAUCGUACGAAGCCGUCAAAGAAAUUUACUGCUCUGGAGGCAGCGGUUAUGACAAGACGGAGUUUUAUGACUUGUUCAAAGUCUAUGGACGAAGGACUAUGUUCACAACGUUGAACAAGGAAGAUCAUGCGAAGCGCAAGAGAAUAAUUGCGGACCGCUACGCAAACAGUAACGUCCUGCGACCUGUACCUCUAGGCGGAAUUCAGGAGAGGUCACAAAAGUUUAUCAAGUUGUGCGAGAAGUCCGUUGGCAAGAGCCACGACAUAUUCAUGAGUCUUCACUCAUACGCCUGUGAUUGCGUCACACAUCACCUGUUCCAUCCGUACGGCAGUAAUUGCCUCGAGGACGAGGCGGACGAGGAAAUGAUGCACCAGGUUGCUGCUGACGACAGCCUGCAAAACCGCCUUGUUCAGCACUAUAGUCCCGCGCUGCACAAGCUCCUCUCUCGAUUCCUGUACUUCUUCGCCAAGCCCCGCGAGACGCCCCUCGCCGACACCUUUGUCAUCGAGUCCAGCAAAAAGCCCGACCCGGCGGCCUUCACGCUCCUGAGCCGGCUCCACGACAAGGCGGGCCAGGGACUGGACCAGCUCGACGUGGCGGGCGAGUGCCUCGACCACAUGGCGGCAGGCAUCGACACGACGGGCGACGGGCUGUGCUUUCUCAUGUGGGAGCUCUCGCAGCCGCGGUCGCUGCGUUUUCAGGAGACGCUGCGACGCGAGCUGAGGGAGAACCCGGGGGUCGCGUUCGACAAGUUGCCGUUCCUCGAUGCCAUUGUGCAGGAAGGGUUGCGGUGCUUCCCAGCUAUCCCGAUGUCCCUGCCGCGUUAUGUGCCCCAGGGCGGGCGGGUGAUUGACGGGUAUGCCAUCCCGGGGAAGACUACAGUCAGCUGCCAGGCGUAUUCCAUUCACCGCAUCAACGAGGAAGUGUUCCCGGAGCCAGACUUGUUCAACCCUGAUCGGUGGAUGGAGCCAACGGGUGACGCUGAGAGGAAGCGGCUCAUGUUUGCGUUUGCCAACGGAGGCCGGGGAUGUGUUGGCAAGCAUCUGGCGCUCGCCGAGAUGAAGACUCUGUUGACGGAUAUUUACACCCGUUACACGACGCUUCCUGAGACGUCAAUGGCGGAAGAGUCGAUGGCCAUGUCGGACCAGCUCAUCUCCUCGCGACCCCUAGGGCAAAAGUGUUUGCUGCAGUUUGUUCCCGUUGGCGAGAAGCGGGAAUGA